CUCUAUUGAAUGAUGCCUUAUCAAACCAAGUGCGUUUGAGCAUAUAUUCAUUCCUUCAUCCAGCCAUUCUUGAUCCGGGAAGCUCCCUGCCCAAACUCACGAUGAAGGUUCUCAUCCCUCUUCUUGCGGCCAGUCUGACCAGCGCCCACACCAUAUUCUCGUCCCUCGAGGUCGGCGGCACAAACCAGGGCGUCGGCAAUGGCGUUCGCGUCCCCUCCUACAACGGUCCCAUCGAAGACGUGACCUCCAGCUCUCUCGCAUGCAACGGAGCCCCCAACCCCACGACGCCUACCUCCAAGGUCAUCACCGUCCAGGCCGGGCAGAACGUCACCGCCAUCUGGCGUUACAUGCUCAGCUCCACCGGCUCUGCCCCCGCGGACGUCAUGGACAGCAGUCACAAGGGUCCCACCAUCGCAUACCUGAAGAAGGUCAGCGACGCUACGACUGAUACUGGCGUCGGAGUUGGCUGGUUCAAGAUCCAACAGGACGGCUACAGUGGGGGCGUUUGGGGGACCGAAAAGGUUAUCAAUGGCCAGGGACGCCACAGCAUUCAGAUUCCAGAGUGCAUCGCUCCCGGCCAGUAUCUCCUUCGCGCUGAGAUGAUUGCUCUGCAUGGUGCUGGCAGCUACCCAGGUGCCCAGUUCUAUAUGGAAUGUGCUCAAAUCAACGUUGUUGGAGGCACUGGUACCAAGACUCCCUCGACCGUCAGCCUGCCUGGUGCAUACAAGGGCACUGACCCCGGAGUCACGAUGAAUAUCUACUGGCCUCCGGUCGAGUCGUACACCAUUCCCGGUCCUAGCCUGUUCACGUGCUAAACACCCAGCCAGACAGCUCGAACAGGACCUAGAUGUCAAGUUGGGGUGUUGACGCAGGGUGGAAGCUCUCAGAGGCCAACUGCAGUUAGGGG